UUCUAGCCCCACAUUGGGUGUAGAGAUAACUUAAAAAUAAAACCUUAAAAAAAAAUUACAGAGUUGCAAGCGAGUGAGCAGAAGGCAGUUCGGCCGCGAGAGUGGAGCAAUGCCUAAAUCAAAGGAACUUGUUUCUUCAAGCUCUUCUGGCAGCGAUUCUGACAGUGAGGUUGACAAAAAGUUAAAGAGGAAAAAGCAAGUUACGCCGGAGAAACCUGUGAAGAAGCAAAAGACUGGCGAAACUUCAAGAGCCCUGUCAUCCUCUAAGCAGAGCAGCAGCAGCAGAGAUGAUAACAUGUUUCAGAUUGGGAAAAUGAGGUACAUCAGUGUUCAGGACUUUAAAGGGAAAGUCCUAAUUGAUAUUAGAGAAUAUUGGAUGGAUCCAGAAGGUGAAAUGAAACCUGGAAGAAAAGGUAUUUCUUUAAAUCCUGAGCAAUGGAGCCAGCUGAAGGAACAGAUUUCUGACAUUGAUGAUGCAGUAAGAAAACUGUAAAAUCAGAGUCAUAUAAAACCUGUACUGUUCUAGUUGUUUUAAUCUGUCUUUUUACAUUGGCUUUUGUUUUCUAAACGUUGUUUUCCAAGCUAUUGUAUAUUUGGGUUGCAGAACAAUUUGUAAGAUUGAAUAUUUUUUUUUUUAUGUGCAUUAUUAAAAGUGUUCUGAGUGAAGGUAAUUGUCAACUUGAUUAAGGAGGAUUGCUUUGUGCCCGCCACCUAGUGUAAAAUAAAAUCAAGUAAUACAAUCUUAA